AUGAUCCAAAAUUACCGAAAAUGGGAUGCUCUGAAUGAGCUUCACAUAGCAAUUAGGGCUAAUAAGCCUGGAUUGGUCCUGUACACACUUCAACGUCAUCGAAGCUUGAAUAUUAAUUCAAAUUUGAUGCGCACUUCUGCCCUUUCACUGGCCGUUAGAAAUCAGAACGAAUCAAUUGUUCGAAUAUUGUUGGACUAUAAUUGUGAGCUAAAUAAACUCUCAUCUGAUGAGAGCGGUCGACUUGAAACUCCUCUUUACACGGCUGUUCGACUUCACAAUUAUGCGAUCGUUGAACUACUGCUGAUGUAUGGAGCAGACCCUAAUGUAACAGUAUCAGAUAAUCGCACUCCAUUAUACAUUGCGACAAAAGAACGGUGUUUGAACAUCUGUAACUUACUUAUUGCUUUUGGAGCUAACUUGGAUAUUCCUGAUUGUACCGGACAAACUCCUUUGCAUUUCGCAUGCAGGAAUAUCGCUGGCCGUGAACAGAUUGCUAUGUUGCUCAUUGCUCAUGGCGCUAAUGUACAUGCUUCUGACUUCAAACGUCGUCUUCCAUUAGAUUUUGCCGAAAUUAAUGCAUCUAUACCAACCAUUAAACGAUUAAUCGAAGAGGGAUCACCAAUCAGUAAACACAUGAAAGAACGAAUCCGAAAUAUGUUGCAAGACAAAUCAGAUCAACGAGGAAGGACGGAUAGGAUUAAUGGUGAAAACUGUGCCCUAGCAACCGUUAUCGAUAAGACCCAUUUGGUGGUACCUACCUUACUAAUACUAUCGAAAGCGCGAAUACGAAAUUUGAUGCGACAACAAGCAAAGCGUAUACAGAAUGUAUGCAGUAUAUGGCCACUUAUUGAUUCUUUGCCAAUGUUAUCAAACUCUCUCAGGAAUUCAUUGAAACUACUCGAUUCUUUUUUGCCUUGA